AUGGAAAAAUGUCCUCAGAAGGUGAUGGUAACCUCCAUUGCUGUCGGAGUAUUUAACCGUGUUUGUCUGGAAGGGGGAGAAGAAGCAGCAGCUUUUAUCCUUAUUGAAAAAAUGGUUUCCUCUUCAGCCCCUAGUUUUAAGAAAGGACAAGAUUCAGGAGGUGCAGCUGUGCUCACUGGUUGUCUGGAAGAAAAAGAAAAGUUGUAUACACAGAUGAGAUUCAGUAAUACAAAGGACAAAGAAAUUUGCAAGCGAAGAAACAAGUGA